GCUCGCCCGUCACGGCGCGCCGCUCCCCACGGCCGCCCCGCGCACGAGCAGCGGCGGAGAGGUCUUGUCGACGGGACGGGCUGGCGAACUCCGGCGGAACCCGGCCAAGUUUCCGCGGGAGCUGAUCCGGGGACUCUCGCGGACUUUCUCCCCUCCCCGCAGGCAGCCCAGUGAGUGCAGCCGUCCCGUCUGCCGGGCCAUGGACUCGGACGCCAGCCUGGUCUCCAGUCGCCCGUCCUCCCCGGAGCCCGAUGACCUCUUCCUCACGGCCAGAAAUAAAGGCAGCGGCGGGGGCUUCACGGGCGGCACCGUGUCCAGCUCCACGCAGAGCGAUUCCCCGCCGGAGCUGAGCGCAGAACUGCGCAGCGCCAUGAGCGCUGCGGGAGUGGUGGUGGUGGACAAGCUGGGCUUCAAGUCCUCGUCCUCCUCCUCCUCCUCGUCUUCCUCCUCCUCCUCUAAGAAGGACAAGAAGCAGAUGACAGAGCCGGAGCUGCAGCAGCUGCGUCUGAAGAUCAACAGUCGGGAGCGCAAGAGAAUGCACGACCUGAAUAUUGCUAUGGACGGUCUGCGGGAGGUGAUGCCCUACGCCCACGGCCCGUCGGUGCGCAAACUCUCCAAGAUCGCCACGCUUCUUCUGGCGCGCAACUACAUCCUCAUGCUCACCAACUCCUUGGAGGAGAUGAAGCGCCUGGUCAGCGAGAUCUACGGCGGGCAUCACGCCGGCUUCCACCCUGCCGCCUGUCCCGGUGGCAUGGGUGCCCACUCAGCGCCGCUGCCCGGCCACCCGGGCCACCCUGCUUCGCACCCUGUCCACCACCCCAUCCUACCCCCCGCCGCCGUCUCUAGCGCCUCCCUGCCCGGCUCAGGCCUCUCGGCCGUCAGCUCCAUCCGGCCUCCCCACGGGCUUCUCAAGUCUCCCUCGGCCGCCGCCGCCGCCGCCCCCUUGGGCAGCGGCUUCCAGCACUGGGGGGGGAUGCCCUGCCCCUGCAGCAUGUGCCAGGUGUCGGCCCCGCCACACCACCACGUCUCAGGCAUGGGCACCGCCAGCCUCCCCAGAUUGGCCACCGACACCAAGUGAGCCCCUCAGAGAGGCCGUCCCGCCUCGGCCCGCGCCGCCCCGGCACCUCCAGGACAUACAAACGCGCACCCCGACUCCGCGGUGGAAGCGGGUCCCCACGCCUCCCCGCUGCCGGUGCCAUGGGAGGGGUGACAGGAGCCUGGCCCAGGGUCCCCCGCUCCCCGAACGGCGAGGACAACCACUCCGACACAAGUAAACGCCAGCCCACCUUCUUUAUUUUAAAAUUUACAUUGUUGUCGAUAACUUCGCUAGGAGGUAAAAAUAAGCCCUAUGCUCGUCGCAAAUGGAGGAGCCAAACUGUUCGUUUCCUGUAUGAUGUUUAUUUGUUUGUUUGUUUCGUUCUUUCUUUUCCCUCCCUUCCCGCCUCCCCCUCCCUCCCCCCCCCCCCCCCCCCCCCCCCCCCCCGGUGUCGUUUCUGCACGUAGAGCCUUUGGAAACGUUUCUGUGUCACGUCCCGCCCCGGAAAGCAGCACCGGCACCACUCCGGGAGCUCCUGGCACUAGCGUGGAGCAGCAAAACUCCGGGUGGAAGUGCAGACGGGAAAGUCGGGUUCUUCCCCGGCAUCCCCGCCCGCGGUUAUUUUUUUUUGUUGUUUGUUUGUUUGUUUGUUUGUUUGUUUUUUAAUGUUUGUGUUUUUUUUCUUUCUUGGUUCGGGAUUUGUAAAUAUACCGUUCAACGAUAACGACGCAAGUCCGCUCUGCCUGAGCUUUCCGUCCGUGCACUUGUACUGUGUAAGCCUCAUGAGUGAAUAAGGGGUCGGUUUGCCUUGAUUUCGUUGGUUUGGGUUCUUGGGGUUUCUUGGGGUUUGUGUUUUUUUAAGCAUAUAACACUUUUGGGGUUUGUUUUCGUUCCUGCCACCUUUAACAAAGUUUGAAUUCUUUAAUGCUCUUUCUGUGUAGGAACUUUCACACUGUCCGUAUUGCAAUACUGAGAACUUGGGCUUGUUUCUGAAAUAACAACUUUUCUUAUCGCUACCCCUUGCAGAGAUUUUAUCAUCUGUUUAUUUUUGUAAAAAAGAAAAAAAAAGAAAAAAAAAGUUUAAAAAAAAAAGUUGCUAAAUAAUAUUUAUUACUUGUUUGGUUGAAAAAAAAAGUCAUCCACUGUUGAGAUUUUAAAUAAAAAGACAAAAAAACCCCGACAGCAUUUUAAAUAAACAGCCUUUUCCUCUUCCUUGCUUGGGGAGGCGGAGGAGGAGGCAGGUGCGGGACCGUGGCACGGUGACCGGCCACAAAGCCCAAAGCCGGGGAGGGAGACGAACGUUUUAGGGGCAUCCUUGCUUUUUAUCUAUGUUUUUUGUUCAUUUUCUUUGCCGGCUAAUAGAAACCGUUUUGGUUUGGUGUUUGGGGUUUUUUUUUGUUUGUUUGUUUUUUAAUUUUUAUUCCCCCCCCCCUCCCCGAUUUCUUCAUUGUAGAAGGAGGGCGGCAAGGAAAGAAACGUUUGUCACUGGGUUUGUAACGCAAUUUUUUUUGUCUAACGAAUCCAGGACUUGGCAAGAGCAAAAUAUUAAUUCGGGGAAAGGAAAUAUUAAACUUGACUGUGAGAUGUUUGCUCAUUAUAA